GUAGUCUAUUACGUCAUUGGUGUAUUCUGUGAUUAUCACAGUCCACAGAACAUAACAUUGCAUUCAUAGAUGAUUCAUAGAAUGAUUGACUCAAUUGACAUUGCAAUUGACUGAUGAUUGAUUAACCUUAGUUAACCAGAAAUUGUUUUCGUGAAUGUUGUGUAUGGUAAAAAAUAUUUAUGGUGUAGUUAAAAUUAUCGGUCCUCUACCUACAAAAUUUGUAUAAAAAAAUUUAUCUUUGGCAUGUCUAGUACUAGUGGACCAGCCUCAGACAUGCACCAUCUAUAUAAUGAUGCCUUGGCUAUCCAAACAGUUUUACCCUGGAUUGAAUCUGAAGACAAAAUUAUAUCCUUUUUCAGAACAAUUCCUCAGAAAUACGAAAAUUUAAGAAUACGGCUAGCUCUUCAAUAUUUUAUACAACUCAGGGAUAAAGAUGAGCAAAACUCUGGGCUAAGUAUUGAGAGUGAUGCUCUAGCUAUAUCUGAGCUUUUACCAUAUACUGAUAGGAAUCGCAUUCAAAAUCAUCUUAAGGAAUUAGGUAAUGUUUAUAACAGAAAAGAAAUUGUGAUAAGACAAUUACUUAAGGAACAGACUCAUUUAAAUCCACUUAUAAACAGUUUGAUAUCAAAUGUACCAGAAUUAAAACUCUCAAACGGAAAUGUAUUUCACAAAAGAAAGCGACCAAUCGAAACUCAUGUAUUAGAUAAUACCACCGUAAAUGAAGAACAAACAUCUCCAUUUAAAACUAUGAAAGUAGAAAAAGAUGAAAUAAAAGAAGACCAACUUCCUCCACUUUAUCCUUCCUCGGCCAUCAACAAUGUAGACGUUGAAGGACAACCAAAAGGGUUUUCAAAUCUUUUAAAAGUACACCACUGUGAAGAAAUUGCACCAGCAGUGCCAACGAAAUUUGGACUACCUUCGCGUUUAAAUUUCCAAAACGGUGAAGAAGUUCCAGCAAUGCCAUCGAAAUUUGGACAACCACCUCAAUUAAAUUAUCCGAAAUAUGAAAGAUUUCCUUCUGCAUCAGAGCAGAGUGAACCACCUGCUCCUUUAAAUUUUCAGAACCGUGAAGAACUUCCUUCUGUAUUAGUGAAGCGUGAACCACCCACUCGUUUAAAUUUUCAAGACCGUGAAGAAAUUCCUUCUGUAUCAUUGAAAUCUGAAUCAGCUGUUAGUUUUGUGAACUAUGAAGAAGCCAAUUCUCUAUCAGUGAAGUUUGAACCAGCUGCUCGUUCCAAUUUUUCCAAAUCUAAAGAAGUUCCUGCAGUACCUCCGGAGUUUAUGGAUGUAAUAUCGCUUGUAUCUGAAAGUAAUAUCAUGGAAGAUAUGUUGGAACCGAAUCCAGUCGAAAUAAACCUGUGCGAAUCGGUACCGACAGUGGAUAUUACAUCAGAACCUAGGGAAAAAUACUAUGAUGAAUCAUUAAUAAUACGAUUAAAAGAAAUUUUUCCGCAAGCUUGUCCCGAUUAUAUUCGAAACUUGUGUCAAGGCAAACAGUGGUCAGAAUUUGAUAAUUUAGUAACUGAAUUAUUAUCAAAUGAGUACCCUCAAAGACCUGAAAGAGUUCCCAGUCCACCGAAGGAGAUAGAUCUCGAUGAACAACUAAAAAUAGUAAAAGAAUUAUUGCCGGACGCAGAUCCUACAUAUCUUAGUUAUAAAUGUGAAAAAAUUGGAAAUGAUGUUGAGGCUUUAAAUGCCUUUAUAAACGAAGCAAGAGAACUAAAGAACUAUCCAACUAUGAAAGAAUAUUUGAGAAAACAAAAGUUCACAGCACAAAUAAAACAAUAUACAACAGAAUUUAAUGUUGAAAAUUUUGUAGCAUUGUUUCCAAAUCCAGAUGAGACCUUUAAAGAUCCAAAUAGAAUUGUUGAGGUGGAUUAUCGUUCUGAAGCGUACGUCUCUUAUUUUUUUCAACUCAGAUAUGACAGAAUACCUCUAAAGGUUAUACGAGCUGCACUAGUAGAAACAAAGUUCAAUAUCCUAGCUUCCGACGAAAUAUUAAAAUCUAAAUUUAAGAUGGGCGCUACUUUAAAAUCGCGUAGAAAAACUGUUCGUCAUCAAAAUCCUCCUCAAAACAUUCUUUUAUUACAAAACCUCGCGUAUUUAACUCACAAAGAGGAAAUAGAACAGUACAUUAAGGAGGCAAAAGAAAAGGAAGAAGCAGAACGCAAAAAUGCCAAAGAAAACAGUUUAUUUAAUGAAUGUAAGUGCUGUUAUGACAACGAGGUCAUGCCUAAAGAUUCAUUUAGUUGUCCAAAUGGCUGUGUUUUUUGUAAGAGCUGUAUCAAAAAGAGUUGUGAAAUAUCUUUUGGAGAGGGUAAGACUGAAAUGAUGUGCUUGAAUGGUUGUCCAAUAGAAUUUACUCUACAUACGCUACAGUUGGUACUUCCGCCAAAAUUAUUUUCAAAAUUGGCACAAAAGAAAGCAUUAGCUGAAGUUAGAGCAGCAGGUAUUGAUGAGCUCGAGUCUUGCCCGUUCUGCGACUUCGCGAGUAUCCCGAACGCUGAAGAUAAAAUUUUCCGUUGCCUCAAUCCUGAUUGUAUGAAAGAGUCUUGUAGAUCAUGCAAAGAAGAAAACCACGUGCCUUAUAAAUGUGAUGAAAUUGAAAAGGAUGAUGACGUUAAAGCUCGUAUCUUUGUCGAAAAUCAAAUGACAGAAGCCUUGCUUCGCAAAUGUUACAAAUGUGGCAAAAGUUUUUACAAAGAGGAAGGUUGCAAUAAAAUGACUUGCAUCUGUGGAGCAACAAUGUGUUAUGUAUGUAAACAACCAGUCAAAGAUUAUAAACAUUUCAAUGGUUUGGGAGGCGAUCGAUUUGAAAGGUGUCCAUUAUACAGUGAUUCCAACGAAAUUAAUCGGACCAAUGUUCUCCAGGCUGCCGAAGCUGCAAAAUCUAAAGUUGAUCCAAACAAACUAAAAAUAGAUCCUACUCUGGAUAUUAAAAAACACUACGAACAAAGAAAGAAAGCUCUUCCCGCUGAACCUCAUCUUAGGUACGUUGGACAAGUGCCUCCUAUAAUGGAAUUAGUACAUAUUCUGGAACAACACGGACAUAGAUUGCCACAAUUACAUCGACAUCCUCCUGGACAGCUAUAAGGCUUCAUUAUUAUAAUUUUUUUUAAGGCAGCCCUGAGAACUCCAAUACUGAUACACUUCUGACUACUAAUACCGAGUGAUUUUGAUUGCAAUUUUUAUUGAAAGUCAUUAGUGCGCUUAUUUUAAUCUGUUGAUCUGUUUUUCAAGUUAUUAUUUCUUUUUCUGCAGUGCUCUAUCGGGCACUGGAUGAUGGAUUGUAUUGAUACUUUUUGAAGAUUCCAUUUUUAAAUAUACGAUGUUCGUCCAAAAUGUAUCUAAUAUUCGUUUAUAACUCUGGAAUGUUUUAUUAUUUGUCAUCCAGCUCGUGUUAUUCUUUAAAAUAAUUCCUACUCGACUUAAAAUACUCCCCCAUUGGUGUUUGUCAUUGAAGCAGUUUUAAAAUUAAGUUUUUGUAAUGGCCUUCAAGAUGUCAUCGCCUUCAUGUGAAUCGUCUUUGUUUCGUCGAAACGUUGCCUUUUAAGUGCCAUUUUCAGUUUUAGAAACACGAAAAGGUUUAAGGAUGUUAUGUUGGAACUGUGCGGAAUAGUGUAACCUUGUGUUUUACCAAAAACUGUGGCGCAAGGCUUGAUAACUGUCCUGACGAAGUAUCUCAAGGAGGAAACUAGUCGCUACUCAGCCACUUCAAGAGAAAUACGCUAGGAUGGAAACUUCCAUUGUAAAACCUGUUGUUUUGUUACGGGAUUAUUGUAAACCCACGAUUUAUUCCUAGUAGUAGUCUCUUUAAGCAUAUUUCAUAUUUAACAGCCAUUUCUAAGUUGUUCAGAGCGACUUCUAAACGAAAUUUUCAAUCGUUAGCCAUAUACGUUCAGUAUAUUUCGGUGUUACAGUAGUGGAAAGCUGACCAGAACGCAGAUCCCUUUAAACAAACGUGCCACCAUUUUAUAACUGAAACAUUUUUCAUCUGAGUUUCGCACAUACAUUAAUCUCCAAACUACUUUUGUAUCAUUGCACACAUUUUUCGAGUUCAAUCCAUCAUUUUUAGCGAUAAAGAAAUUGUACAAACGCCAAGGAGAAUAUGUGGAUAGAAACAUGCUAUUACCAAGUAGACAAUUCUCAUUGAUAAACAAUAACUGUUCAAGAUCAUGAAGAGUUAUUAAUUGUGCUUGUGACCAUUGAGAACACCGGCGCUAGAAACUUUUGGAGUGAAAUUAUAAAAGAAGAUUGGAUACUUUAGGGAAUCAUUUCUACAUACAUGUAUAUCACCAAAUUAUAUUUUUUUUAUUUAUAAACAUGUUUAUUCAUGUC